UUUGCAUCACGUGCGAUAAUUUUUGCAAUUUCUGUAAUUAUCAUAAAAUUAGUUAUGAGUACAUUUACCAGUUCCUUCAAGAAAAAAGCGUCACAAAGUGUGAGCGGAACAAUUAAUUCAUCAAAAUUACCACCCGGAACACGUGGUGGUAUUCCAGUUGGUACAAUUUUAUUAAUCAAAGAAGAUCGAUAUACAGGAUUUUCAAAAUUAUUGCUUAAAUAUUAUUUAUCACAAGGAAUUGUAUCAGGACAUGACAUAUUAUUUACUAGUGCGGAAGAAAAUCCAGAAAGUUUUAUAAAAGGUUUACCUUGGAUAACUAAUGAUGAUGAAUUGGAUAAAUUAAAUGAUGGUGGUGUGGGUUAUGAUGAUAAUGAAAGAUCUAAUGAGGGGGAAGAAAAGAUGACUAUUGCUUGGAGAUAUAAAAAGCUGAAAAAAUUUGAAUCGGGAAUUAAUAAAAAACCAUUUUGUCAGUCUUUUGAUUUAACAAAAUCAAUUCCACAAUCCGCGAUUGAUUCAGCAUCAAUGACAUUAAUUGAUUCAUGUACAUGGGACAAUGAAUAUAAGAAUCCAUUUAAUAAACUUUUGUCCAUGAUUCGUAAAGUUGUGGAUAAAAAUUUCAGAUCAGUAGUUUCCACUCAAGGUAUUGAGCAACGAAAUAUAUUGAGAAUUGGAAUACAUUCUAUUGCUUCACCUUCUUGGCAGUCCAAUUCUCCUCAAGAUAUUUUCAUAUUUUUCCAUGCUUUACGCAGUUUGCUAAGAUUUUCAUAUAGUUCAGCAGUGAUAACGAUUCCAGCAUAUUUAUAUGGUUCAUUUAUAAGACGCAUUGAACAUAUAAGUGAUGCUGUGAUAGAAUUAGAAUCGUUUGCAGGUUCAUCUGCAACUGUUAAUUCUGCCUACAGUGCAGAAUAUCAUGGUUUAUUUCAUGUUCAUAAAUUACCUUCAAUUAAUUCUCUCAUACCUCCUUCAAUAAAGUUAUCAAUAUUAGCAGGAAAUGGGACUGAAAAUAAUUUGGGAUUUAAGUUAAGAAGAAAAAAGUUUUCAAUUGAAACUUUUCAUUUGCCACCUGAAGGUGGAAUUAAUGAAAGACGUACUGACUCUAAAGAAAAAAAUGCAGUCAUAAAGUCAAGUGAAAAAAUUGCAAUAUAA